AUGGAACCCUCACCGAACGGCGACCAGGGAUGGGACGUGGGCCCAGAACAAACAACCGAUACGGAGCCGAGCUCGGCAAAGCAUGUCUACAAGGAUAGCUGCAGCAAUAUUUUUGACGUCGAUGCGCUAAGCGUCAAUGACAUCUAUAAUCGAGACUUGAGAGCCUCGACAGCUGGCUUCGCACUGUCUGCUGAUUCUCCUAGUUCACAACCCAUCCAGUUCCAGGAUAUGGCAGACCGGCUUUGCAGACCAUGUCGCGACGUUGCGCGGCGACAGCUACGGCUCUUGCGCGAGCUCAAUCGCGCCCCAACCGUCUCCCAGCGGGCCACCGUCGCAGAGAUCGCGCGGGCGUCAACGAGACAGUUCCACCAGACUGCACCGAGCCGCUCGCAGGGCUCGCCCCAGUCUGAGAAGCAACCUGGGAUCGCGCAGACCUUGCUAGGCAUCGCGAGCAAACUUCUGCCGUCGAAAGCAGUCCAGCCUUACCAGAUCUUUGGCGCCACCGAAAGCAUCUACAAGGCUUGCGCGGCACCGGCCACAUACAAGAUCCCGCCGGAGUUGAGGAAGAAGGAGGAGGUGACAUUGGCAGAGAACGGGGAGGAAGUCGGCGUCGGAGGGGGCGUGUGGCAUGAUGAAUUCGGUCUGCCCCCAACCUUCAGCACAUGGUCGCAAGUCACCAUGCUGCACCUCUACCUCAUUGUCGUACGAUUAAGAUGCCUCGAAAAGAACGCAUGGCAGGCGUGGCAGAACCAGCUUGUGAACCACUUCUUCCACAACGCCGAGGACGUGAUGGAGGUGAACCACGGCAUGUCGUCGCGCAUGAUCCGGCAGAGGCACCUGCAGAACCUGUUCCAGACGUGGAGGGGCGUGAUACUGGCGUAUGACGAGGGCUUGGUCAAGGGCGAUGCCGUGAUGGCGUCGGCUGUGUGGAGGAACAUCUUCAAGGCGGACGAGAACGUCGAUAUGAGGCAUGUUGCUGCCAUUGUCAGCUGGAUGAGGUCGGUCUCGAGGUCCCUAGACAAGAUGCUUGACCCUGCACUGCUCUAUCAUGGAGGCAGCGUAUUCAAGACGCAGCCCACGGCAGAGUUGAAGCUGGUUGAUGAGCCGGCCUCGCUUGAGCAGAUCACCAAGGGUGCUGCGUCAGAGGCCCAGCCGGCUAAAGCGAAGCCGAGCAGUCGCUUUAAAUGA